GUCCUUUUGUAGAGGAAGUGGUCUACAGGAAGUAGUGUGCUCUUUAGCUGCUGAAGUGACAGCAUUUGUAAUCUGAUGGCAAUCUCUGCAAUCCUGGUGUUAAAGUCCACAAUAUCGGCUUCAUCCUUUUACAAAAAAGAGAGAGAGAGAAUUUAUUUUCAUCAUUAAAUCCUGCCAAACACAACAAGCGGCCUGUUUCUUGGAGGAUGAAGUGCUGGGAAUAAAAGAAUGUUAAGCUAGCUGUCUAGCUGAAAUUACGUUGCCUGCAGCAAACUUUAGUGAGGACAGCAUAGUAAAAGGAUGACCACUCAACGUGGAAGUUAAGAAGAGUGAAGGAUUGUCAGUCUGCAUCACACUGCAAUGGAGGCCACAAGCGCCUCAGCACAAGCUUUAAAGGAAGAUAGAGCUGAAGGCCCACGAGAUGAAGUUGAAUCGGGGUCUAUUUAUUCACGCCACAGCUCAAAAAGGUCACGCUCUUCACGCUCAUCAACGAGCUCCAGAGUAAGCUAUGAAGCAGCCAGGGCGCGAGCCAAAGCAGAGGCGGCGAAAACCAGACUAGCAUUCACGGAAAAGGAAGGCGAACUGAGAGUCGAAAAGGCCAGACUAGAAGCCAAGAUAGAUUAUAUUAGUCUACAGAAAGAAGCUGAGGCUGCCCAAGCUGAAGCUGAGGUGUUGGAGGCAGCUGCAGGAGACGUGAAUGAAUCCAACAACAAAGAAUUUGACUUCCUGCCUUUGCCAGAGAGUGCAUUGAAAAGGACUGAUCACUAUGUUACACAGCACACACAAGAUCAAUUCCCACAAGAACCCAAAGUAGAGAAUGAUUCGACUUUACCGCCAACAUCCACUCCAUUUCUAAGCUACAAUCAGAAUGCACAGCCCCAGCUCAUCGACAACGGAGCCAGCUUCCCUCAAAAUAAUGCUCAGCCAUUCCAUAUGAACUUUCCACAGCAAGAAGAUGAGCGCUACCAGCACAGGGUACUGUCCGACAAUCGACCACAUCUAAACAGCUCCCACAAUAUUGACUCAUCUACAGAUCUUGCCAAGUUCCUUGCCAAAUCCCAGCUGGUUUCUUCAGGCCUAACAAAGUUUGAUGACUUACCCGAACACUAUGAAGCCUGGAGAGAAACGUUCAUCAACACAAUCGAAAGUCUGAGUCUAUCAGCAAGUGAAGAAAUGGAUCUGCUUAUCAAAUGGCUGGGUAAAGAAUCUGGUGAGCAUGCAAUCAGAAUACGGUCCGUGAAUAUCAGACAGCCUAAUGUGGGACUUAGAAUGAUCUGGGAAAGACUAAACAAAAAGUAUGGUGCUCCAGAGGUGAUAGAAAGAGCUCUCUUUUGCAAACUUGAGAGUUUUCCCAAGAUCCACAACAGAGAGAGUCAAAAACUGCAAGAACUGGCUGAUUUGCUUACUGAACUUGACGUUGCUAAACGAGAGGGUUACCUACCAGGUCUAGCCUAUCUUGAUACAUCAAGAGGUGUGCAGCCAAUUGUGGAAAAGCUCCCUUUAUAUCUCCAAGACAGGUGGCUGUCACACGGGUGCAAAUACAAAAGAGAUCAUCAUGUUGCCUUUCCUCCUUUCUCCUACUUCAAAGAAUUCAUCUGCAGAGAAGCUGAAGAGAGAAAUGAUCCCAGUUUUAACUAUCCAGAUCUUUUCACAAAUUCUUACAGGAAAGAAAGGUCAAAUCAAGUGAGACCUGUCUCCGUGCACAAGACAAACAUAUCUAUGGCUUCAGAGCCCAAAAUAGGAAAUCCCGAGAAGCUAUGCCCCAUGCACCACAAGCCUCAUUCUCUUCAAAAAUGCAGAGGUUUUCGAAAACUGCUCUUGGAAGAGAGGAAAAGGUUCUUAAAAGAAAACAACAUAUGUUUUCGCUGCUGCGCCUCUACGACUCAUCAAGCCAAAUCUUGUGAGGCCACCGUAAAAUGCGGGGAAUGUGACAGCGAUAAACACAUUUCCGCUCUGCACCCUGGACCAGCUUCACGCUCAGAUGCAGUUCCUACUUCCUCGACAGAGAAUGGCGGGGAGAGGUCGGACACAGAGGCACAGAGUGUCACAUCCAGAUGUACCCAGGUAUGUGGGGAUGGGUUUCAAGGGAAAUCCUGCUCAAAGAUCUGUCUGGUGAAUGUGUAUCCAAAUGGCCACCAAGAGCUAUGGCAGAAGAUGUAUGUCAUUUUAGAUGACCAAAGUAAUGUUUCACUGGCCAGAUCUGAGUUUUUUGACAUGUUUGGUCUCACGGGAGCAACCAUGCCAUACACACUGAAAACCUGUGCAGGCAUCAUAGAAGCAUCUGGGAGAAGAGCCCACAGUUUUAUGAUAGAAUCGUUGGAUGGGAAAGUUACCAUGCCCUUGCCUGCACUUAUAGAGUGUAAUGAUAUCCCAAACAACAGGUCAGAGAUACCCACACCCGAAGCUGCAUGUCACCACCAUCAUCUUAAAAGAGUGGCAGAUAAGAUUCCACCGCUUGACCCAGAUGCAGACAUUCUUCUUCUAUUGGGAAGAGACAUUAUCAGAGCGCAUAAGGUUCGAGACCAGUAUAAUGGUCCACUAAACGCGCCAUAUGCACAACGCUUAGACCUCGGGUGGGUCAUUGUUGGAGAGGUGUGCAUAGGAGGUGCACACAACACGACUACAGUGAGUGCUAUGAAAACCUGCAUCCUGGAAAAUGGCAGACCAAGUCACUUUGCCACGUGUGAGAAUAAGAUAAAGGUGAAAGAAUAUCCUAAUGGCAAAGAUGAGAAAAAGAGAACCCCACCCAAUAGAGACAUCCAAAAUGCGUCGACAGUGACUAAUCUUGGAGAAACGGUCUUCAAUGCCACAGAAAAUGACAACCAGCUAGCACACUCCAUUGAGGAUUCAGUCUUCCUACAGAUCAUGGAAGAGGAAUUCUUCCAGGAUGAGACAAAAAGCUGGGUUGCCCCUCUUCCUUUUCGGCACCCACGCAAACGUCUACCAAAUAACAGAUGUUACGCUCAUCACCGUCUGAUGUCACUGCGGAAGACUUUAGAUAAGAAGCCUGAAAUGAAAAUGCAUUUCACAGACUUCAUGCAAAAUAUGUUAGACAAGGGACAUGCUGAACUUGCACCACCACUACAGGAGGGGGCAGAAUGUUGGUAUUUGCCCACGUUUGGUGUUUACCAUCCCAAAAAACCAAACAAGAUUCGAGUGGUAUUUGAUUCCAGUGCUCAGUAUGAUGGAAUCUCGCUAAAUGAGGUGCUGCUGUCUGGACCAGAUCUUAACAACAGUCUCGUCGGUGUCCUCCUCAGAUUCAGAAAAGAGCCCGUGGCCAUAACUGCAGAUAUUCAGCAGAUGUUUUACUGUUUCGUUGUUCGUGAGGACUGCAGGGAUUUCCUUAGGUUCCUGUGGUACCAGGAUAACGAUCUGAGUAAGGAUGUGGUGGAUUAUCGCAUGCGUGUUCAUGUUUUCGGAAACAGUCCAUCACCUGCAGUGGCAAUCUUUGGCCUGAGGAAAGCAGCAGAGCACCAAGAAGUUGAAUAUGGCAGUGAUGCGAGGCACUUCGUAGAAAGAGACUUCUAUGUAGAUGACGGCCUCCGGUCUUUUGCUACAACAGCAGAGGCCAUUGAUGUUCUGCGUCGAACACAGCAGAUGUUGGCAGCAUCUAACAUCACUCUGCACAAAAUAGCUUCAAAUCGAGCAGAAGUAUUGAACGCAUUUCCUGCAGAUCAGAGAGCAGACAAUGUAAAAGACCUUAACCUCUUUGUGGAUGACUUACCAGUCCAACGCAGUCUUGGAGUCAGCUGGAACAUAAUGACGGACACCUUUGGAUUCAAUAUUCCUGAGAAUCAAAAGCCAUUUACACGCCGUGGUGUCCUGUCAACAGUAAACAGUCUGUUUGAUCCUUUGGGGUUCAUAGCUCCUGUUGCAGUGACAGGGAGACUGAUUCUAAGAGAGCUAACAACUGAGAAUGCAGACUGGGACGCAGAACUCCCUGAGGCUAAAAAAGAAAGUUGGAGAAGAUGGAGUGAAUCAUUGUCAGCACUAAAAAACCUGGAUGUUCCACGAGCAUAUGCCUCUUUCUCUGUUUCCAAAGCACAGCACGCCGAAUUAUUGAUCUUCUGUGAUGCCUCUGUCAAAGCAAUAUCUGCAGUUGCUUAUCUUAAGACAACGAAUGAACAAGGUCUCCAAGAGGUGGGCUUUGUAUUCGGGAAAUCCAAGCUCGCUCCCAACCCAGGCCUCACAAUCCCAAGACUGGAAUUGUGUGCUGCUGUCAUGGCCGUUGAGAUAGCCGAUCUAGUAAUGAGGGAGCUUGAUCUAGAUCUCAAGACAGUGAAAUUCUACACUGACAGCAGAGUUGUAUUGGGAUACAUACACAACGAGACUAGGAGGUUCUAUGUGUAUGUGAACAAUAGAGUGCAGCGCAUCCGGCAGUCAACUCAACCUGAGCAGUGGAACUACAUUCCUUCAGAACUAAAUCCGGCUGAUCAUGGGUCACGUUCUGUUCCAGCCGCCGAGCUUGCCGACACAACGUGGCUAACAGGACCAGCAUUCCUAAUGAAACAGCCAAAGGUAGCUGCCAGUGGCGAUAAUGGAUCAACAUUUGACCUUGUGAACCCAGAUGCUGAUGCUGAGGUACGUCCUGAGGUAACUUCGCUCGCCACACAAGUUAGUAGAGACAAGCUUGGCUCAAAACGCUUCCAGCGUUUUUCUAGCUGGACCACACUCAGUAAGACUGUGGCACAUCUGUGUCAUAUUGCUCAGUGUUUCUCUCACUCCUCAAAGAAUCAAAGGUGUGUUGGAUGGCAUAUGUGCAAAAGUGGCCUGUCAGUCAUUGACAUUGUCAGAGCAGAACAGAUCAUCAUAAAAUGUGUGCAAGAAGAAAUGUAUUCAGAAGAACUGAAGUGCAUCAAAAUGAAACAUGACCUUCCGAAAACCAGCACUCUGUACAAACUUCGACCCAUUCUCGACAGCGAAGGUAUGUUAAGAAUAGGUGGACGCAUUGGCCGAGGACAACUUGAAACUGGUGAAGUCCAUCCGCUAAUAAUACCAAGCCGCAGCCAUGUAGCAAGCUUGCUUGUUUGUCAUCAUCAUCAGGCUGUAAAGCACCAGGGCAGGCAUUUCACUGAAGGUGCAAUUCGCAACAGUGGUCUGUGGAUUGUUGGAGGGAAACGUCUCAUCAGCAGCAUUAUUCACAAAUGUGUUACAUGCAGGAAACUAAGAGGAAGAACCGAGCAGCAACAAAUGUCAGACCUACCCACAGAGCGCCUUCAGGCUGACCCUCCAUUUUCCUACGUUGGCCUUGAUGUUUUUGGACCAUGGGAAGUGGUGACGCGCCGUACCAGAGGUGGUCAAGCUCAGGACAAAAGGUGGGCUGUCCUUUUCACAUGUAUGUCCACUCGAGCCAUACAUAUUGAGGUUAUUGAAACAAUGACGUCCUCAAGCUUUAUAAAUGCGCUCCGAAGAUUUUUCUCCAUCAGGGGUCAUGCCAAACAGCUUCGCUCGGACUGUGGGACCAAUUUCACUGGAGCGUUCAAAGAGCUGAAGAUGGAUCCUGGCAAUAAGAGCGUAGAGGAUUACCUUCUUAAACAAAAAUGCACUUGGGUUUUCAACCCACCUCACUCCUCUCAUAUGGGCGGCGCGUGGGAGCGCAUGAUUGGAGUGGCAAGACGGAUUUUAGAUUCUAUGCGUCUUCAGGUUGGACAUGUAAAGCUCACUCAUGAGGUCUUAACCACUUUCAUGGCUGAAGUGAGUGCCAUUGUCAAUGCAAGGCCAUUAAUACCAGUUUCUACUGAUCCUGAGGCGCCUUUCAUUCUAACACCUUCCAUAUUGCUGACCCAGAAGGGUGGCGUUCCCUCUCCUACUGUAAGUGAGUUUUCAAAAGGGGAUCUGCUCAAGAAUCAGUGGAAAAGAGUUCAGGCCUUGGCAGAUACCUUCUGGGCUAGGUGGCGCCGUGAAUAUUUGAGCACAUUACAGAGUCGGCACAAAUGGCAAUCUCAGAAACCUAAUCUCAAAGAAGGAGAUAUUGUUCUGCUCAAGGACGAUCAAACCAAGAGGAAUCAGUGGCCUAUGGGAAUUAUUGUCAAGGUUGUUCCCAGCAGAGAUGGACUUGUUAGGAAAGUCGAAGUUAAGGUGAUACGGAACCAGACAGCAAAGGUCUUCUCUAGACCAGUUUCUCAAGUAAUCCUGUUGUUUUCACCACAGGACAAUGACUCAUCAGCAAGCUAG